AUGCCAAGGAUAUGUAGGGGUCGCCAAAAAUUGCAGAUGGUGAAAAUGGAGAAUGAGACCAAUCUCCAAGUCACAUUCUCCAAGAGAAGGGCAGGACUUUUCAAAAAGGCCAGCGAGCUCAGUACCCUGUGUGGUACAGAGCUCGGCCUCAUUGUCUUCUCGCCAGGCAAGAAGGCCUUUUGCUUUGGCCACCCGUCCAUCGAGGAGGUGUUGGACAAGUAUGAGGGCAGACCCUCUCGUCAGCCCCUUAAUCACGAUAUGCAGCAGAUCGUUGAGGCGUGCUCCCACACGACUCUGAAUGAGCUCAACGCUGAGCUCACACAGGUGAUGGAGCGCAUCGAGGGCGAAAGGAAGCGGGGGGAAGAGCUGACCCAGUUAUUGAAGGCCAGCCAAGCGGAGUGCGGGUUGCAGGGACCAGUGGAGGAGUUGGACUUGGACACGAUGGAGAUUCUGAGGGCUUCUCUUAUGCAGUUGAGGUCCAAAGUGGCUGAUCAGGCUAAACAGAAACUUGCUGCAGCCAAAACUGCAAACCCUCCUCACAAUCCUAAUUAUUUUGUGGGGAGAUCCUCUUCUAGUGCUGCUGCCCAAAGUGCAAACCCUGCUCACAAUAAUUUUUUUGUGGGGAGCUCUUCUUCCAGUGCUGCUGCUGGGCCUUCUGGCCUCCAAGGUUUGGCUAAUCCUGAGAUUAACAAUGUUGGGUUCAAUUUUAAUGGAAAUGAUUUUGUUAUGCAGGCUCCUCCAGACCAGCCUAACAAUGUUGGGUUCAAUGGCGAUCCUAUGUUUCUCAGUGACUGGAACCCUAAUCUUGGUGGAGGUUUUCUGUGA